UUUUCCAUGCGUUCAAAGGGUCGAAGUAACAUCUUUGAGUGUUCAAGUUUCCCACUGGGUAGUUGGAUGAACACAAAAUAAACGCAAGAUACAAUCUGCCUUGUUCGCAGCCAUUUGUAUCCGUCGUCUUAAGCGCCAGCAAUAUGCGAAAUCAUGUCCGAAUCCUUUGAAGAGAAGAAUGGAAAGUUCCAACACAGACCAUCAGGUGUUCCCUGAGUCCCCUGCCAAUCUUGUUCCGCAAUAGCCACAUUACCAUGCUGCCAUGUGUUAUCUGGAACAUGCCUGGAAUAUUUCUGUAUGUUGAAUAGGUGGGGGUUAAUUUUCAAUAUGAUGAUCAGAAGGUGCGAGAAGUUAUGAGGCACGAUCUAUUGAGGCUUAUGAAAAGCACAGGAUCCAUUCCUACUUCACACGCAAGGGCAGAGGCCCAAGAUACCAAGAUAUUACUAUGCUUUUGAGUUUGAGCUUGAGCUUAAGCUCAAAAUUGAUGCUAAUAAGCUUACCUCAAACUCAUUUGGAGCCCGUCUGAUACAAUCAUUUGGAGAUUGCUUUUUCACGUCUCUAUAGUUCUGGCCUUUCUUAACUUAAUUACCUUGCUCGAUUUAAAGUUUGUGACUAUUCCAACCACACUUCUUCAAAUAUGAUAAACUUCGGAACAACACUACUUGAAAUGGAACUGCCUCGAACUUCCCACUGGACCCAAUCAUCAAAUUCUAUUGUCCACUUUCAACCAAGAUCAUAUUCACCAAAGAUGUCGCUAAGCCCUCCUGGAAGUCCAAGUAGUGUGGAGUCUGGUGGUAUUAGACGAUAUCGCAGGACUACGGCUUGUACAACAUGCCGCGAUAGAAGAGUAAAAUGUAGCCGCGACAGGCCAUCCUGCACCCAAUGUAAGAAGGGGGGACGACUUUGUAAAUACUUGAACAGCGAAAUACCCGAAUUUGAGUUUAUUGAGGUAAAUGUAUCAAGGAGUCCGGCUAGGAAAUCGCCAUCGCCAGUUAUGUCAAAUCCAAUCACCGAAAGGAAAUCCGGUAUCAAGUCAAAAGCAAGUAGUCGAUCGGUGGCUAAAGCGUCCCAAAUACCACCAUCUCGAUUUCCCCCAAAGACGCUGGUGAAUAAUAUCGAUACUCAAUUCCAUCAACCCAUCAAAAAUACAGCGAUUCCCCUUGGUGCACUCGGUGAAGAUUUCGUUUCCUGUUUUCGGACGAAAGUUCCAGCGCGAGAAGUUUGUGAUCAUUUCUUGAACAACUUCAUAGGACUACAAUCUGCAGUGCCCAUAUGUCAUAUUGAUACUCUUAUAGAUGAGUAUACAAGCUUCUGGGCCAACCUUUCUCCUAAGACCUCGGUUGAAUCUACCUUACUCAUCUUAGCUGUCCUAUAUUGUGGGGCAGCCAAUUCUACCAUAAAUAUUUCACAAUCAACAACAUUACACGAUCUAUACGAACAGCUAUUAGAUAUAGUUAAUCUUCCAACAUAUCAUUGCACACGCCGAGGAUCAUCUGCGAUCCAGCUUCUGCAGGCUUACCUUCUUGUAAACACAUUUCAAGCUAGCACAUCAUCCUCACAAUUCCGGUACGGAUUUUUACCCCACGCAAUUAGACUCGCUCAAUCAUUACAACUCCAUUUCGACAAACCACAUCAAAGUAAUGGUGUGCAAGCUGAACUUGAAAAGAGAAUCUGGUGGCAUUUGUUGUUUUUAGAUCUCCAGUCGACUAUCACGACUGGCGCACCUUCGCUGAUAACUAGAAACGGAUACAAAAACGAUGUUUCGUUACCCAUGGUGUUGAAUCAUGCCUCUAGCCAAGAUUCAACUUCACCGAUGAUGGUCGCCUUUUACGGCCAGUGCCAGUGGGUGCGUUGUAUGCGCGAAUGGGUCAUGGAGAUGCCAACGCAGGGAGAUGUAGUUCAUCUCGUCGAAAGCAUCGAAAAUCUCCUGGAAUUAUUACCGGGAGCAAAAGCAGAAAACUUGGGACCGCGGGCGUACCUGAAGUUAUUGAUUGAUAGUGCAUAUUGCCUUCUCGGCUUGAACUUCUGUCAAGCAAAACAGUUGCAGGACAUUGGAUGGCGAAGUGAUAUUGUCCGGGCUGCAAGUUCGUUCCUGCAAAAUUACCUUUUUCUAUCCGACACGACCUCCAUAACACCAUUGAAGUGUAUUCUUCCUGGUCUCAUACAGCCUCACCACGCUGUCUUUAUCCUCCUCAUGCACCUUAGUUUGUGCACUUCCUUGGAUUCCAAUGCUGAAUCACUGAAAAUUCUUGUGGACAAAGUCUUUAAUGCCGAACUAUCUAGCCCCAGACUUGGUGCCAGUUGUACCGCUUAUAGAUCGCCCAAGUUCAUACACUCUAGCCCUACUUCUCGGAUCUCGCGCAAGUCAUAUGGUUACCCUCGUCAAGAUGUCCUCAUCCUACUCUAUAGAAAAGUACAAGCUAAACUAGGCCGGAACACACCAAAAUUCACAGCCGUGUCUUGCUCUGCUUCCCCCAAUAUCGGGGUUUUACCCCAGCUUGAAGGCUUGGUCUCGCGAGACGCAAAUAGCAGCAUUGUCUCCAGUGAGAAUUCCGCAAGUGGACAUGCAGGAACUAAAUGGAUGGAAUUGGCUAUGGAGAUGAACACUGAGGACUAUAUGAUGGAUAGGGAGUUAGACGAUGUCUUUAGAGGCGGACGAGAUGUAUGGAACAAAUGGGAAAGACUGAUAGGUGCGAUUUUCAAGUGCUGAAAACCGGACUAUGAGAGAUUUGGGUAUGACGAAGAGCUUUUAAUAAUUAGCUUAUAACUAAUGAAGUAUCUUGUAAAAUAGCAAAAACAGCAUCUUCAAAAUUUGGCCAUAAAAAUGCUUGGUCUUCUCAGGU